AGGCAGUCGCUCUCGCUCGCUCGUCGGCAAACCGACGUGGACACCUUCGGCUCGGCUGCGUCCGUCCAAAAAAGAGAUUGCAAGAAACCAGAAAAGAGAGAGAAUUUCCCUGCCACUGCCGCUGCAUCUCCCCCUCAACCGCAGGAGAGGAGAGGAGAGGAGAGGCAUUGCGAGAUUCAGGCGACGGCGCCAUGGGCGUGGACUACUACAAGGUGCUGCAGGUGGAGCGGGGCGCCUCCGACGACGAGCUCAAGAAGGCGUACCGGAAGCUGGCCAUGAAGUGGCACCCGGACAAGAACCCCAACAGCAAGAAGGAGGCCGAGGCCAAGUUCAAGCAGAUCUCCGAGGCCUACGAGGUGCUCAGUGAUUCCCAGAAACGAGCAGUGUAUGACCAGUACGGAGAAGAGGGGCUCAAAGGGCAGGUGCCACCUCCUGGAGCAGGUGGACCUGGUGGGUCUUCAUACUAUGGGGGUGAUGGUUCGACGUUCCGGUUCAACCCUCGAAGCGCAGAUGAUAUAUUUGCUGAGUUCUUUGGAUUUUCCAGCCCAUUCUCAACCAUGGGUGGCAUGGGUGGUAUGGGUGGAAUGGGUGGCAUGGGUGGAGGUGCUGACAGGGGCAUGCGGGGAUCAAAGUUUGGGAUGUUUGGCGAUGAUAUAUUUGGGAACUUCUCUCAGUUCCCUGGUGAGGCAUCAAUGCAUGCUCCCCAACGACCGCAGAAGGCUGCGCCAAUUGAGAACCGACUGCCUUGCAACCUAGCUGACUUGUACAAAGGCACCACCAAAAAGAUGAAAAUUUCACGGGAGAUAUUAGAUUCUAGCGGGAGAAUGAUGGUUGUUGAGGAGAUCCUAACAAUCGAUAUAAAACCUGGAUGGAAGAAAGGCACGAAAAUUACUUUUCCCGAGAAGGGUAACGAGUCUCCGCAUGUAAUUCCUGCGGAUAUUGUGUUUGUGAUUGAUGAGAAGCCACACGAUCUGUUUACACGAGAGGGGAAUGAUCUCGCCAUGACCCAGAAGAUUUCCUUGGCUGAGGCCUUAACUGGAUGCACUGUUCAGGUAACAGCACUAGAUGGUCGGAACCUAACAGUAGCGAUAAACAACGUCGUUCACCCUGGCUAUGAGGAGGUUGUUCCGCGAGAGGGCAUGCCGAUUCCGAAGGAUCCAUCAAAGAAGGGAAAUCUCAGGAUCAAAUUCAACAUCAAGUUCCCCUCAAGGCUGACAUCGGAGCAGAAAUCAGAGAUUAAGAGGCUGCUAGCUUCUUGAGGAGCCAAAUAUUAUACCAUUAGGUUGUCUGGGUUUGUUUUUUUGGGUGCAUUGGGGAUACCAGUGUACAUUCAGAUCUUCAGCUGGGAAAUGUGAAUACCAUUUCAAAGACUCAUUUUUGCUGAGCCCUUCUGGGUUCUCUGGCUACUCCACCUCAGUAACUUAAAAUGGUCAUUUUUGGCAGCAUAAUUCAUCAAAAUAGAUAAUUCUGAGUCGACCUGCUGUGCUUGUGUUGCGCGAUUUCUUGUUGAACAUCCUAUCAAAAUGAUGCUGCAGUUUCAUUUGUACUGUGGGGCUAUUGGCUAGCAGAAGUCAAUAGAUACCUACCAAUGACGGAACGGUUUGUGUAAGGGCGGAAUCGGAAGGUGCUAAUCCUGAAGAAUUUAUGCUGAAUUAAUCACCGUUUUAUU